CGCCUUUUAGAGAUAACAUGUUUGGAACUUCCUGAUCAGCUGUGAAAUCGGGAACUUUCGAAUCCCUAGCAGUGAAAUUUGGAACCACUACCUUGCUUGGAGAAACAAAAGAAAACAACCCAGAUGAUAACGUAGUAUAUCCAAUGCAUAUAUUUUGAUGGUGCAGCACUGUGAAGAUUAUACAUGAUACACUUUAAAAACGCCCCUGCAAAUCAACGGAUUCACAAUCUAAGAUCACCACGGAUUACAGCCCAGAUCGUUCUCCAGGAUAGAGUUCCCGGGAUUAAGUUCUUAGUGCGAAAAGAACAUGAAACACCUGUGAACACGGCCAGAUAAUGUAUAAAGUAAGCCACUCGGGAGAAGUUCUGAGACUUUAUUAGAUGGAUACUUUCUUUAUGAUGAAAUAAAAAAGUCAAAUAACAAAUCCAACACGAUCGAAUCAACAGAGGUCUAGGGACGAAAUAUUCCGGGAUUGGACUUAAUUAUUCGAUGCAAUUACAACCGAAUCAUUCACAGAUGCUUCAUUUUUCACAGUUCCGACUUUUCUAAAAUAAGGAUCAAGGUCUGACAUCUUGCUGUAUAAUUAACAUUCUUUGAAUCGAUUUGCGCAAAACCCUGGAUAUAACAUGUAUAUUUUGCGCAAUCAUGUGAACGACAUUAAGAUCUAGCUAGAUCUCUACGCAGACGGAUAACGUUCAAUGUAGGGGGAAAAUCUGAAAAUUGGAUCAAAGCGAAACGAGACAUAGUAAAGAGGACUAGAUAUCGUGAAUAAAACACCUACAUUACGAAAGGUUGACACGUAACUCCUAAGAUACAAUUAUAGAUAGCUGAUCGCCCGAUGCCAGAAUCAUACCCGGAUUAGCGUUCUUAGUGAUUGCGUUUUGCUUUGAGGCUAAAUAAUGUCAAGGAAAAUGUCAAUAUAAUGUUGCCUAUUAAUGAGCAAUGGUAAUUAUCCCGGAUGCAUGUCUAAUGUCACAAAAUUACAUAUCUUCUGAAUCCAAAUUCUCCAAUCAAAUACCUUUACCAUGGAGGCGUCUGCAGCUACCCCAUCUGGUGGCCAAAAUGCAAACGACAUUGCAUUUGACAAUAAAGCUUACCUUAGGAGCGACUCGGAGCCCCAAGUGGAAAUUGGGGAUCGAUCCGCCUCAAAUGAAACUCAGUGGAAUCUACCAGGAAAUGACUUAAAAUCCGGGGACAGCUUAGUGAGUUCCAUAAUAUGUAAUGGUCAGACAAUUCGUCCAGGUAUUAGCUCCGAGAAUCAAUAUGACCCCAAGCAACCGGGGAAUGCACAAAUUUCUACCUCAAAUCAUCAAAGGUACAAGGUGGACGCAACGAACGAUAAACGCGCCAGUAAACCAGAAACUAUAGCGUUGAACAACAACACAAUGCACACGACACUUUUAGUUGACGGUGAACAUAACUCGCUAACAGCUGAACCCAAUAGCAUUAACGGUAUUAAACCAAAAGACAAUGUCCUAAGGAAGGAACUCGAGGCGGGGAUAGAUGUCUCACCCCAGCGCGAAACAUGGAGUAAGAAGUUAGACUUUCUUCUCUCUGUAAUAGGCUUCGCAGUGGAUUUAGGGAAUGUUUGGAGGUUUCCUUAUAUCUGUUACAAGAACGGGGGUGGUGCGUUCCUGAUCCCAUAUUUUAUAAUGUUGCUGGUUGCUGGUCUGCCACUCUUCUAUAUGGAACUAGCCUUGGGCCAGUACCAGCGAUGUGGCUGCAUAACAGUGUGGAAAAGAAUAUGCCCCAUGUUCAAAGGUGUAGGGUAUGGCAUCUGCGUCAUAGCGACGUUCGUAGGGAUGUAUUACAAUACUAUAAUCGCCUGGUCCAUGUACUACCUGUUCGCCUCGUUUCGCCUGGAGGUACCUUGGGCCAGCUGCGGCAAUGCCUGGAACACAGAAAACUGCACUGCCCUCUCUGAUUUAUCGGGCAAAAAUAAAUCUGAUUUUGUCAACCAGACGCUGUCUUCCUCAGAAGAAUAUUACGAGCGAAAUGUAUUAGAGAUGCACAAAUCCCCGGGGCUUCACGAGCUUGGUACCAUAAAGUGGUCUUUAUCGUUAUGUCUACUUGCGACAUUCUUUAUAGUCUACUUCUCCCUUUGGAAAGGAAUUAAAAGCUCUGGGAAGGCAGUCUGGAUAACGGCUACACUUCCCUAUGUAGUGCUAAUAAUUCUGCUAAUAAGGGGCGUAUUGUUGGAAGGCUCCUUACAAGGAAUCAUUUACUACUUAAAUCCAAGAUGGGAGGAAUUACUCCAUGCAUCCGUUUGGAUAGAUGCUGCCGCCCAAGUGUUCUUCUCUUUGGGACCAGGAUUUGGUGUUCUUCUGGCUCUAUCCAGCUAUAACAAGUUCAAUAACAACUGUUACAAAGACGCGUUGCUAACGGCAUCAAUCAACUGUUUGACCAGCUUCCUAGCAGGGUUUGUCGUUUUCUCUGUUCUUGGCUACAUGGCCUUCCAGCAAGGGAAAGAAGUCAAUAAAGUUGCAUCUGAAGGUGCCGGCCUGGUGUUUGUAGUGUACCCGGAGGCAAUAGCCACCCUCACAGGCUCUACCUUCUGGGCAAUCAUCUUCUUUCUGAUGCUGAUCACGCUAGGCUUAGACAGUACGUUCGGAGGUCUGGAAGCAGUCAUAACUGGUAUAUGCGACGAGUACCCACGAGCCAUCGGAAGACGACGAGAGAUGUUUGUGGCAGGAUACAUUAUCUUAAUAUUUUUCUGUGCUCUCCCAACCUGUACAUACGGUGGGAACUAUGUGUUAACGCUACUAGACCAGCAUGGUGCCCCUAUUUCAAUUCUACUAAUAGCGUGUUUGGAGGCCAUCGCCGUCAACUGGUUCUACGGUGUGAAUAGAUUUGCUGGAGACAUCAAAAGAAUGACGGGGUUUACUCCAGGAAUUUACUGGAAAAUCUGCUGGGCCGGAAUCAGUCCUAUAUUCUUAAUAGUAUUAUUUAUCCUAAGCUGUUACUUCUACGCUCCCCUAAAGAUAGGUUCAUAUACCUACCCACCAUGGGCCAUCUCAGUAGGCUGGUCUGUCACGUGUGCUUCAAUUGUACCCAUUCCUAUAUACAUUAUAUACAAGUUCAUCAUUUCUAAAGGCGAUAUAAAACAGCGUCUCUAUCAGAUGAUUUCGCCGGAAGAAACGCCCUCUCACGUUGCAGAUGAACUACAAAUGCGAGAAGUAAAAAAGGCCGAGUUUUAACAUUACAACUUCUCGAACCUACUGACCGACAUUGUUCAAGACGUUGAGAACUAUGGAUCGGCGGUGAAUUUGCCCAUUUUGGUUAUCAAAUGCCAAAUGGAUCAUAUUUUAGUGCAACUCAUAUUUAAGUGAUACGUGUACAGACGAAAUGGAAAUGAUAAUCAUCUUUACAUUUUAAAGAUGGGGACGUUCCAAUGGUGAACUUUCUUGAGAUACAUGGUCGCCUGUGAUAUAUCGAUACUGUAAUCCAAAUUCAAUAAGUCUACAACACAUGAUACGAUUAUUUUCCAAGGACAUCAUAUAAAACAUUGAACACAUUUUAGCUUGAACUCUCGUGGCUUGCAUCAGAGUGAGAAUGCUAUGGGCCUGAUUUUGCGAACAUACGAGAUUAAAUGUAAUGACAAUCGAGUAUUAAAUGUCGAGUGGUGUUAUAUGGUCAUAGCAGGCGCAGGAAGUUGCACUCGCUUCUAAAGGUUUGACAACCUAGAUGGGAAAUCAUUGGACAAAAUUGGAGAAAGGCCUAUUUACGCUCGGCGAUUCCAUUAUAAUUGUUCAUCAUUUUCCAUGCAGUAUAUUUUCGACCAAUUGUAAUCGAAAAAUGUCAACCCUAUCUGAUAACGGGCCUGUGUUCCUAAACUUUCAGAGGGGAUGUAUCAGUGAAGCCAAAGAUCUG